AAUGUCCACCUUCUACGUUAAGGUUGCUGUUCUCGACGGUGAUAGCUGUUUGUGGCAGCACGAUGGACUCACCAAUUCCAUCAUCACCAAAGCGUCAGCCACUCUUAUGGUGGCAACGCUGGUAAUCAUCUGUUUCUCACGGUGGGCCAAGAAAUUCAUCAUCAAAAUCGAACCGCCACAACCCCCGGGUCCCCCUGGCUUGCCUAUAAUCGGAAACCUACCGUUCAUCAAACCCGAUUUCCUUCAAUACGUCACCAAACAAUCUCAAAUCUACGGCCCCAUCAUCAAGCUUCGCAUGGGAAGCAAAAUUUACAUAGUCAUAAGCUCACCUUCAAUCGCCAAAGAGAUCCUCAAAGACCACGACACCACCUUUGCCAACCGCGACGCUCCGGCGGCAGCCAUAAAUGGAUACUACGGUGGACUCGACAUCGUGUGGAGAUCCAACGGACAGGAACUUCAUAAGCUGCGUAAGCUUGUGGUUCGCGAAAUUAUGUGCAACAAAGGGCUGAACGCUUGCUACGAGCUCCGUCGGCGCAAGAUUAGACAGAUGGUGAAGUACAUACACGGGAAAAUCGGCUCCUCCAUUAACCUUAGUGAGCAAAUUUUCUUGGCCACGAUGAGUGUCACCAUUAGCACGCUGUGGGGUGAUUCGUUGAACGAAGAAGAAGCAAAACGUGUGGUUGAAUUCAAGGAACGAUUAGAGGAAUUUGUGGGAUUAAUCGGAGCACCAAACGUUUCUGAUAUAUUCCCGGUUCUCAGGCCGUUGGAUUUACAAGGGAUUGAAUCCAAAACCAAGAAGCUUUUGUCGUGGUUUUAUGAGUUUUUAGAGUCCGUAAUAGAACAGAGAAGGAAGGCCGGAGAAGCAGAACAACAGGAGGAAAGCAAAGAUUUUCUGCAACAAUUGUUGGAGCUGAACCAAAGAGGAGAUGCCAAAGCCUCGUUGUCCAUGACGGAAAUCAAAGCUUUGCUGCUGGAUAUGAUAGUCGGCGGUACGGACACAACAUUCACAACAAUGGAGUGGGCUAUGACGGAAUUACUACGGCACCCCGAUAAACUGAAAAGAGUCGCCGACGAAUUAGAUGCAGUAGUCGGCGGCCAAAACGUCGUCGAAGAAACUCAUCUCCCUCGGCUGCGCUACCUGGAAGCGGUGGUGAAAGAAACAUUUCGAAUCCACCCACCGGCUCCCUUGCUACUGCCGCACAUGGCUGGCGAAACCACCGUCGUAGCUGGUUACACAAUCCCCAAACAUUCCAAUGUUUUCUUCAACGCGUGGGCAAUACAAAGGGACCCUGAGCUCUGGGAAAAUCCUCUCCGAUUCGAGCCAGAGAGAUUCAUGAGAGAAUCAGAGAAAAGGAAUUAUCUGGGGAACAGUUUCCAUCUCUUCCCGUUUGGAUCGGGGAGAAGAAUUUGCGUCGGGAUUCCUCUAGCUGAAAAACUGAUAAUGCAUAUUUUGGCGACGCUGGUGCAUUCUUUUGAGUGGGUGUCGCCGGACGGCAAGAAACCGGACAUCAGAGACAAGCUCGCGUUGGUCUUGUCGAAGGUGGAACCACUCUUCGUGGUUCCAAUCGCACGUUUACCCAACUCACAGCAAUACGAAUAAGUAGUUGGUUAGUCCCUUUACUCUCCUUCUAUUAAUAAAUUAGAUCCCAAUAAAUAUAUGUAUCUUAAAUCGAGGAGUACUUUGGGCUUUAUCUCACGUUCAGAAUUUCAAAAGGCAAUCAGGUUU